UCGCCGGGCCCCCGCGGUCAUCCCGCCGGAUCCUUGCCGCUGCCGGAGCCGCAGCGUUUCCCGACGCAUCUCCGAGCCACCCCUCCCUCUCCCUCCCUCUUUCCCAUCCCCCCUUCCUUUCAAGCGUGAGACUCGUGAUCCUUCCGCCGCUUCCCUUCUUCAUUGACUCGGAAAAAAAAUCCCCGAGGAAAAUAUAAUAUUCAGAGUACUUAUUUUCAAUCCAGUAUUUGUCCCCGUUUCACGUGAUAUAUAUUUUUUAGGACCUCCCACCCAUUUCUGCUCUCCAAGGAAAGGGAGGGGAAAGAAUUGUAUUUUUUCCCCCAGCCCCGGAUCGUCUAUAUGUUAAAUAUCCGUACUGAUCUGUCUUCAAGGAGAAAUACAUCGUUCGCUUUUUUAAAUAGCUGUACAAAAGAAGUGAAAAGGCAAGAGGACGAAGUCUUUUUCUUUUUCUUGUGGGAGAACUUAAUGCUGCAUUUAUCAUUAACUUAACACCCCAACAUAAAACAAAAGGAAGAAAAGGAGGAAGGAGGAAAAAAGGUGAUUCGGAAAAAGAGUGAUCAUGUCAGGGCGGCCCAGAACCACCUCCUUUGCGGAGAGCUGCAAGCCAGUGCAGCAGCCUUCAGCUUUUGGCAGCAUGAAAGUUAGCAGAGACAAAGAUGGCAGCAAGGUGACCACAGUGGUGGCAACUCCUGGGCAGGGUCCAGACAGGCCGCAAGAAGUCAGCUAUACAGACACUAAAGUGAUUGGAAAUGGGUCAUUUGGUGUGGUGUAUCAAGCCAAACUUUGUGAUUCAGGAGAACUGGUUGCCAUCAAGAAAGUAUUGCAGGACAAGAGAUUUAAGAACCGAGAGCUCCAGAUCAUGAGAAAGCUAGAUCACUGUAACAUAGUCCGAUUGCGUUAUUUCUUCUACUCAAGUGGUGAAAAGAAAGAUGAGGUCUAUCUUAAUCUGGUGCUGGACUAUGUUCCGGAAACAGUCUACAGAGUUGCCAGACACUAUAGUCGAGCCAAACAGACGCUCCCUGUGAUCUAUGUCAAGUUGUAUAUGUAUCAGCUGUUCCGAAGUUUAGCCUAUAUCCAUUCCUUUGGAAUCUGCCAUCGGGAUAUUAAACCACAGAACCUCUUGUUGGAUCCUGAUACAGCUGUCUUGAAACUCUGUGACUUUGGAAGUGCAAAGCAGCUGGUCCGUGGAGAACCCAAUGUUUCGUAUAUCUGUUCUCGGUACUAUAGGGCACCAGAGUUGAUCUUUGGAGCCACUGAUUAUACCUCUAGUAUAGAUGUAUGGUCUGCAGGCUGUGUGUUGGCUGAGCUGUUGCUAGGACAGCCAAUAUUUCCAGGAGACAGUGGUGUGGAUCAAUUGGUAGAAAUAAUCAAGGUCCUGGGGACACCAACAAGGGAGCAAAUUAGAGAAAUGAACCCAAACUACACGGAAUUCAAAUUCCCUCAGAUUAAGGCACAUCCUUGGACUAAGGAUUCGUCAGGAACAGGACAUUUCACCUCAGGAGUGCGGGUCUUCCGACCCCGAACUCCACCCGAGGCGAUUGCACUGUGUAGCCGUCUGCUGGAGUAUACACCAACUGCCCGACUGACACCACUGGAAGCUUGUGCACAUUCAUUUUUUGAUGAAUUACGGGACCCAAAUGUCAAACUACCAAAUGGGCGAGACACACCUGCACUCUUCAACUUCACCACUCAAGAACUGUCAAGUAAUCCACCUCUAGCUACCAUCCUUAUUCCUCCUCAUGCUCGGAUUCAAGCAGCUGCUUCAACUCCUUCAAAUACCACAGCAGCCUCAGGUGAGAACACAGAAGUUGAAAACCCUUCUAACAGAAAAGGGAAUCAUGAUAAGAGUUGGACAAGGUCUAUGCUAAUGCUGGAGACCGUGGACAGACCAAUAAUGCCGCUUCUGCAUCAGCUUCCGACUCCUCCUGAACAGUCCCAAGCAGCCAGCUGCACAGGAACAACCACCAGUUUACUUGAGUGUCACUCAGCAACACUGGUCACGAUUGGAAAGAAAAUUAAAAAGAGAAAAAAAACCCUAUUCAUUUUAGUGUUCAAUUUUUUUUAUUAUUGUUGUUCUUAUUUAACCUUGUAAAAUAUCUAUAAAUACAAACCAGUUUCAUUGUAUUCUCACUUGAGGGAGAUCCAGGGGUGGGAGGGGUUGUGGGGAGGGGGAAAGCGGAGCACUAGAACACACAGUCUCUCUCCCACGACAAUCUUUUUUUAUCAAAAGUCUGCUGUUGUAUACUUUAAAAACAGGACUCCUGCCUCAUGCCCCUUCCACAAAAGAAGAAGACUUUGUUCUGUGCUGAGGUUUUUUUGAACUUUGUUUUCUUUAAAGUCAAGUGUAAGACUUGGGUAUAGUGCACAGCUUGAAAUUGGUUGGGAGCUUAGCAGGUGUAACUCAAUGGGGGCUUAAAUGUCACUUGUAAAAUUAAUCCAUAUCCUCGGGUACUUGAAGACUUGCCUUUGGCUUGUCAAUGGCAGGUGUGGCAGACAAAGGAAAUGUGUGUCAUUUGUAACCCGGGGGGUCAAUAAAGUUUGAAUCUAUAAGGGGAAAAUUCUUAAUUGAUGUCAAGGUUUUAUUUUACUCUUAUCAAUGCUAGUGGUGAAGAAACUUCUGUAGGUAAAGAAACUUCUGAAGCUGUCAGGGGAGAAGCGUGUGUGCUCUUUGUGUGGGUCUUUGUUUGCCAGACCAAAGGUUCUCUAUAAAACUUAGUACAGUUUUAAUCUAGUGACCUAGGAGAAGAACGAGAAGGGUGUUGAGCCGGCCACUCUGGCUGCAGAGGUAAAAGCUGAUGAACCUGGAAGAGGAGGAUGGGCCGGGCAGAUCUCACCACUGUGAAUGAAUUUGUCCAGAUUUUUUUUUCUAAAGUUGCUUCCCUUGGAAAGAUACACUUGAGAGGACAUUGUAGUUAAAUAAUGUGAAUUGUAACAGUCUACUGGUUUAUUUUUCGUAUUUUUUAAUUGCAAAUUGAGCUUGCAGAAAUUGCUACAUUCUGCAUAUAGUUCUAAUUUUAACUCCAAAUCCAGAAUCUGUAUUUAAUUUCAGCUUUUUUAACCUCAAGCUUUUUAAAUUAUAUUUAUUGAUGCAUGUGAGAUAGGCCAUGAUGAUUUUAGAUGGUAGGAAUAUUGAAAACUACACAUCAAAAUGAUAAAAACAGUCACUUGUACCUGCUGACUUUAUAGGAAAACUGAUUAUAUAAAUGUGUGUAUAUGUGUUAUAUACAUAGAUUCAGUACUGCCUUUUGUUUGGGGUUUUUUUGUUUUGUUCUGUCUUUCUGUUUUUGUCCACAAUAUCAAAUUUGACUAGUUGAAGCAUGAGGAUGUUUCCCCCUACACCUAGUUAAGAGUUUUUGUUUUCUUCAUAUAAUCAGUGAACAGUGUAAGACUCAGUCUCUGUUUUUGAAGAAAAAGCAAUAUUCCUUGGAAAGCAAGGAGAUUUGAAGGAUUACGUUGGCAGUGAGGAAAUAGAUUUUCACAGCUAGUUUGUUUUAUAUUUUUAAGGUUGACAUCUAUGUGGGCCUUAUAUACUCUAAAAUGAACCUUAGACACCUUGGUGCUUAUGGGCCAUUACUUGACCUAUGAAUCUUUAAGGCACAAUCAGUUGUACUUUACAUUUAAAGAUCACUUGAGUGAUGGCCGCCUUUCCCGCCUACCUUCCUUCCUUCCCCACAUACCUUUCCAAGGUUAGCUGAUAACUGUAGGGCUGCAGAGCUGAGCCCCAGACUGUGUGUAACCUUUCACCCUCCUUGUUGUCACCUUAGGUCAUGUUAGGGGCUUCGCCCGCCAGGUGAUUUGGAAGUGGAGUCUCUUGGCAGCCCUCACGCAGGUCCCAGCACCCUGUCCUGCUUCUUAACCAAGUGUGUGUGACUCUCUCAGAGAGUCGUACUGCCUGCUGACGUGAACCAGUAUCCAGAGAGGCAUCUGUGAGCCAUCCUAAUUUUCACUGUCCAGCUAAGCUCUUUUAAGCCACAGAAGGGUUUCUCCAACCUCUGGUUAUAUCAGAGUUCGUGAGAAAGGAAACACACUCAGUCAAACCAAAUCAAACAAAUUGCAUUUUACUUUUCAUAAUGAGCUUCUGAGAUUAAAUUAAGAUUUGAAAGAAGUCUGAAUCAAAAUAUUUGACAGCAUAAUUCUUAAAGGGAAUGGUUUUGAUAGACCAUUUCAGAAAGGGUUUAUAAAGAAGCUGGAUGGCAGGUCUGUGACACAGAAGUGGACCUACUUUGAGACCAAACUACCCAGCCAAACAUGUGGACACAGACACUACUCUGAACUUGGUAUACUUGCUGGAGAACAUAAAAAUCCGUGCUUCUUUUAGGAAACACUUUCCCGCAUAAAUGGGGUAAGAGAAGAGAGAAAAGUCACAUGUUUUUCUCUCAUUUUAAUUGUGUGUGUGUGUGAGGGCUGAGGUUUGUGAUUUUUCUUUCUCAAGGAUCAUGGUGGGAUCACAGAACUCUUUUAUACAAGUGGGAUCCAGGUCUCUGAAUAAUGUUUUUUGUAAAUAAUAAUAAUAAAAGCUCCUCACCAAAUUCAAGCUUGUACAUUAUAUUUUCUUUCAAUGUUUUAAAAUUUAAGUUCUAUUGUUUUGUAUGUAAAUAUGUGGACCCAGGAACUGUUAUUAAUGAGCAAAAAGUUACUGUUCAGGGCAGUGAUUCUGUUUAAUAAUCAGACAAAUUGUAGACGAGCUUUUUAAAGCCAUAUAGUUUUAACUCUGUACAGUAGGUACCGGCCUGUAUUAUUGUAACAAUAACUCUAGCGAUGUAUAGUGUAUCUAUAUAGUUUGGAGUGCCUUCGCUUCCAUGUGUUUGUUUUCUUGUUUCUGUUCUUCAUUUUGCAGAUUUUAAUUGGUCUGAAUAUCUAUGUCUCCCUGUCCCACCCCCUUCCCUUUGAAGUAAUGGCUCACUCAUAACAGUGUCUUUGCCCCUUCCACAGUUACCAUGCUCAGGAGUGGAAAGAGGAAACCAUAAUUAUUUUCAUAAUCUCAUUUCAUUCAAGCCCUACCUUUGUUUUGGUUCUGAACAUCUGUUUCCUCCUCAGUAGCAGUGACCAGUUCCAUUUCAUCCAGGGACUUAGUGUAGUGCCAGGGAGCCCUCGAGCAGGAGAAUAUGGAAUAGAGUAGAUUUUGCUCGUCUCUUCCCCCAAACCCUAACCAUGGGUCUUACAAACAGCAGAUUCCAGGAGCCUUCUGCCCUCUCUCUCUCUCUCUCUCAAUUUCAUCUACUUCCCUCCCAAAUGAGAGAAAAAAGAGAGAGAGAAUUGGUUUUUGUAAAUCGAUGUUUCUUAAUACUUGUAUCGGUUUUGAUACACGAGUGGUCUAAAAUGCUGUGGUGCAAUUACUAGCGGCUGCUGCACGAUUGCCGCCCACGGGCUGCUGCACGAUUGCCGCCCACGCGGUGAGGACUGUUGUUUUCACAAGGGAACUUCCCUCCCUCCUGUCACCUCUACCCCUAUUCAGUGAAAUGUCAUUUUAAUUUAUCUUUUAAAAAAAUCUGUUUCUUACUGUGUGCCCAUCAUGAAGGCCUUUUUCAAAAGAAGAAAAAAUCAAAAUUACUUGUUUUGCCUCCAAGUACUCCAUAUAAGAUGUCUCAAGUAGAAGAAAAAAAAAAAACUUUACCAAACCAAAGCUUGCUAUUUUUGAAAUAUCAUGUGUUCAUUCCAGCAAGGCAGAAGACUGCACCUUCUUUCCAGCAACAUGUUGUGUCCUUUUUUUUAAGUCCUCUUAUUUUUAGACACAUAUUUUUAUUUGUGUUUUCACGAAGCCUGCCUAACCAGUCAUCUUGUCUGCACCAAUGCAAAGGUUUCUAAGAGGACUGUUGUAUUCUCUAUCCCUGUGGAUAUAAAGACACUGGCAUUUCAUUUCUUUUUCCCUUUUCUUUUUAAGGGAUUUAACUUUGGAAUCUUCCAAAGGAAGUUUGGCCAAUGCCAGAUCCCCAGGAGCUUGGGGGUUUUUCUUUUGUUUUAAACCAAAAUUGUAUCUGAUUUCUCGUUCAUGUUAGUGACCAUCUAAUCACAGAGUCGAACACUUUCUCCCUUAUAUCCCUUAUAUAUAAAAAUUAAGUAUGCUUUACAGUAAAAUCUGUCUUUUCUGGUAGAAACCUGAGCCACUGAAAAUAACUCGAAGCAGAGUAGAGCCCCAGACUACAGUCUGUUUCAGAGGCUUUGAAAGUCAUCUCUGGGGUCUGGAUUCUUUUCACAAGGGUUGUGACGUUUGAUUCACGUUUGUUGCUCCAUUUGCACCUCUGCAAUAAAAGCAAAAUGACAACCAGUACAUAAGGGGUUAACUUGACAAAGUAGACUUCCUUGUGUUAAUUUUUAAGUUUUUUUUUCUUACUAUAUCUGUCUACAGGCAGAUACAGAUAGAUGUAUGAAAAUGUGCUUGCCUGUAAAAUUUGCAUUCAUAAAUGUGUUGCCGAUGGAUCACUUGGGCCUGUACACAUACCAAUUAGCGUGACCACUUCCAUCUUAAAAUCAAAUCUAAAAAACAAAAUUUAUUAUUAUAUAUAUAUAUAUAUAAAGGACUGUGGGUUGUAUACAAACUAUUGCAAACACUUGUGCAAAUCUGUCUUGAUAUAAAGGAAAAGCAAAAUCUGUAUAACAUUAUUACUACUUGAAUGCCUCUGUGACUGAUUUUUUUUUUUUCAUUUUAAAUAUAAACUUUUUUGUGAAAAGUAUGCUCAAUGUUUUUUUUCCCUUUCCCCAUUCCCUUGUAAAUACAUUUCGUUCUAUGUGACUUGGUUUGGAAAUAGUUAACUGGUACUGUAAUUUGCAUUAAAUAAAAAGUAGGUUAGCCUGGAAAUGAAA